AUGGCGCUUGUGCGUGCCAGGACUGCACCAGAGGUGCAGUUCGAGAGGUUGUUCCUGCAAAGUUCGCCGGCUGUUCAGGAGCCUUUCGGCCCGACAGAGGAUGCAGCCCCAACAUCACCGGUGACCGCUGCCAUCGAGAGGCAUCGGGCCGCCGAGCCCCACGUGGCAGUGGUGCGCCGGGUGCCUCUGGGCCGGCCGGCUUCGGCCGGUGACCUCCGUUCCGCCAGCGUCAAUACCGCGGGUGCCAGCCGCCCUCGUCUAAGAAGGGCACAGACGACGGAAGUGGACACAAACGAGAAGGUAGAUGUGCAGCUGCGGCGCUUGUCGCGGGAAGAGUUCAAUCAGAGAAGGGCCAGUGCUGUCAACUUCUUCAAGGAAUCCACGGCCAUCAAUCAGCUUAGCCGCUCUUCCGAGGCUUCUGCCGCCCUCGAGGCAGCUCGGCGCCGCCGUGCCAGCGACAAAGCAGCUCACCGACACAACCCCGUUUGA